GUCGUUCUUGCUCGAGCCAUGCGCGAGAUCACCAUUACCCACUUGUUCAAAUUCCCCGUUGAGAUUGUCUACAAGACGUACUUUGAAAAGUAUGCCGACGGACGCGAUCCCAACAUCAAGUCGAUCGAUGUGCUCGAGCGGCACAUUGAUCAGAAUGGCGUCGAGACAGUCAAGCGAAGAGCCGUCCUGGAGAACAUCGUCCCUUGGUACCUUCAAUUCUUUAUUCCGGGCCAUUGCAUUAUGGAGGAAGUUGUCGUGCGCGAUGUCAAGGAACGCAUGUUCAGCACGCACACGUACAAUGUGACGUGGGCUGACACUGCAGCGAUGGUGGAACGAACGACCUACACACGACAUGCAGACAAUCCCCAAUGGACGGAUAUGAAGCAAUCCGGCACGCUUGAAUGCAAAAAGUGCCCUGAUUUCGCUGGAGGCACGGUUGAGGCGAUUGUGGCCAAAUUUCUGACGCACGGAGCUUACAAGGGUCUCAAGAUUAUGGAUACUCUCGUCCAGGCGCAGGCAGAUGCUGAAGCGGCGAAAGCGGUGCAGCGAACGGGUCGCUCGCACGGCGAGAGCUUGUAAAACACCACCAAGCGUCCUUUUGAUUUGCUCGGAUUGGGUUUUGCAGAGAAGGAAACAUCUUCAAACCAGACUGUAUUUGUAACGAAACGGAAACAUAAUCUCUUCCAGUUCGAGUCACCACGAAGCGCUGCUCGCAAGUUCCAGGGCUUUGGCAAACC